ACUCCAGUCCAACAGGUGGCGAUAGUGCACUGAUAAUUUGUUUACAAGUAGCCUAUGAUAUACAAACAGGAAGUAGAAAUUCAGACGCUCUCCGGGCUGUUGUCUCGCGCUUCAUUUGAACAAGGCAGCUAUAGUAAUGGCGGAGGAGGAGGACGAGCCGGGCUUCGAGGAGGAGCUGGAGGACGGCUCCGGCGGGGUGGACGCCGCGGGCCACGGCAGAAGGAAAAGGCUCUUCUCUAAGGAACUCCGCUGCAUGAUGUACGGCUUCGGUGACGACCAGAACCCGUACACAGAGUCCGUGGACAUCCUGGAGGACCUGGUGAUCGAGUUCAUCACGGAGAUGACCCACAAAGCCAUGUCCAUCGGGCGGCAGGGCCGCGUUCAGGUGGAAGACAUAGUUUUUCUGAUCCGCAAAGAUCCCAGAAAAUUUGCCCGCGUCAAAGAUUUGCUGACCAUGAACGAGGAGCUGAAGAGAGCCCGGAAAGCUUUCGACGAAGCCAAUUAUGGCUCUUAAUAGACACACGUGUGGACACAUACUGCUGAUACAUCUGAUUACAAUACUCGUUUAAUUAUAUACAUGUAUAAGCUUAAA